AUGACAAGGAUCGACGAAAGAGGUUCUGAUGAUAACACUGCAAUGGAUACGGUAGUGGCCAAAAAAGGCAAUGGUCGUGUCACAGUAAAGGAGUUGAAUCGACUGAUCUCAGACGUACAAGAAUAUCCAUUGGAACCUGAAAGCAAUUGGUACGUUGUUAGCAAUGCCUGGUGGACAAAAGUACUAGAGGCUGCUAGGCAAGGCUUCGUCGAGGAUAUUCCGGCAAUUAACAACUCUUCAAUUUCAUGUAAAUGUAAGCUACCGUUAUAUUCGCAUUUCUGCUUCAAAACUUCUGCUAGAAGCAUUGGCGCAGUAGGAUGGAUCAACAACAGUGGAUCUAUCAGCAUAAGUACAACGUUUUGA